AUGCGUUUAGCAAUAUGUUUAGUCAUAGUUUUUUUAUGCUUUAUCUGCUCAGCAGCAAAAAAAGUGAAAGACGAAGAUUUUUCUGAAUUCGAUGAUUUCGAUCAAGACGAAUUCGUUGUCGAAACACCAUCAACUACUAGCGCUACUCUAUCAUCAUCAAAAACGCAAGGCAGCAAACCUGAUGUAGUCGAAACUGAGAAAGUUAUACAAGCGGAUUCAAAUAAAGGGAAACAAAAAGAGAAAGAAGACGAUGAAGAAGAAGUUAGUGUUAUUGAUGAAGAUGAUGACUCAAUGUUUGACGAUGAAGAAUUCGAGGCAUCUGAUUCAUUUGCUUCAGCAACUUCGGCGACACCUGAUUUGAAAAUAGCUGAAGUGCCUGCUAAUUUAACUGGCAAUCGAUGGGAAGCUUACCAGUGUGAAGCUGUGAUGAUCAUUGCUUUACUUGCUUACUUAAUCAAUUUUCUUAUUGGCCGUGCUAAGAAUGCUCGUUUGGCAACGACUGUUUACCACGCACAACGAGAUUUACUUGACCGCAAUUUUGCUCUCGUCGGCGACGAUGGCCAGACACGAAAUACUGAGACAGACGAUCAAGUGAAUCAAAUGCAAAAAGAAUCCGAUCAUUUAUAUAUUUUAUGGUGCAGUGGCCGAGUGGCCAUUGAAAGCAUGCUGAUAGAAUUACGUUUAGUUAAACGUCAAUGUGCGUUCAACUCAUUGGCAGCAAUAAUCAAAUCGAUCAAUGAUACUCUUGUUUAUACAAUUGAUUUUAACAAAGAUGAUAUGGAAACAUUUGUGUUCUGUCUAGCGAAGAAACGUUCAGCUGUAAAACUUCAUCGUGACAUGGUCGACCUAAGUCAAUUCUGUGCGGAAAGGAAAAGCGCUGAUAAAAAGGGCUUCCCUGGAAACUAUCAAGUUCUGAGCGAAAUUGGAGAAGCUUCAUCACACAUCACUAAUGAUCAAAAACUAGCCGAAUUUCUCACUAAAUAUCCUGAUGCAAUUGAAUAUAUCCAUAUCAGUGAUCAAUAUAGUGGCAUGAAAAUUCAAAGUGAUCAGCAAACUUCAUCCAAUGCUGCCACAAAUACUGGCACUGCCGCUCAACAACAAGACGCACUGAACACAAGCGAACGUUCUGUUCGUCGUGUAUUGAUUGUUGCAUUUAAUUUAACUCCACAAGACGGUCGUUCACUUCAAAUUACUAGUGAAAGUCUUCCUGGUGAUUAUCUACGUUUUGUUUUACAACUGAUUGACCGUGUGGCCGCAUUCCGUUUUGGAUCGAAGGAGUUGAAGAAUAAGGCAACGAAAAAUCGUCAGCGUAUCGAAGAACAAUUUCUCAAAAGUGUCAAUCUACAACGUCAAGAACAAGCCCAGUUACGGCGUGAAGAAAAACGUCGUGCUGAAAAAGAGAAAGUCAUGCAAUCAGAUGAUGCGGAAUUGCAGCGUAAAUGGGAAGAAAAGGAGCACAAACGGGAAAUGAAGCGACGACAACCGAAAAUGAAACAAAUGAAAGUCAAAUCCAUGUAG